AAAACUCACGAAAGCCUUGCUACUCAUUUCGUUCUCGGUUGGCCUGCCAUUGCGAACAUUCCUUUAUUUCUUCAUUUACUUACCAAGAUUUAUUUAUAAGUUAGAGUUGGUAAUUUCCUAAUUGUAUUGUCAUGCUUAGUAGCGUUAUUCUACAUAUUGCUUAAAAUGUACUUCCACAUUAAAUAUCUGAUGUCCUUGAACCUCACCGAAAAGAGUAAUACAUACAAUUAAGUUCGUUUCACACGUUUGCCUGCCAUUGAUUGUGCCCAUGUUGAUGAUUUAAGCUAAUGAUUAAAUUUCGUUUUCUCACUUUCGUCACCUAUUCAAUUAAAGGUCUCAAAAAUGAAACAGCACAUUAUGGUUCCACUAAGAUUGGUGCUGAGAUGACUCGCGCUGCACGGUUUGGUACGCUUCGGUUACCAUCGGUACGAUGACAAAUCUUAUUCUAUUCCGAUCAAUCUCGCGAUUUACCAAGAGGUUAAUACACUUGACCUCGAACGCGUUCAUGAGCAUCAGAUUAAAGGGAAAACGCGAAACGAUUUCUUUAAAAAAAAGUUCCGCCCCGAACUUAAUGACAUGAACCCGGCACGAGUGAGAGAAAUUCAGAAAUAAGUCAAUGUCAGCGGGAAUCGCUUCAAAUCAGGAGCAAAUUUAUGUGUCUGGAAAGUGUAGAAUGUGUCUGCCCUGGUGUUUGGAGGCAUUUGGCUAUGAAAUUUGGACUUUGGAAAAAAGAGGUGACUAUAAAGGUAAUUAUUCCCUUCCGCGGAUGCUAUCCGUUCCAAGUGGGUACAAUGUACAGUGGGUGAAAUAAGGGAGGGAUAGAAACGUGGUGGUUGACUGCAGCGUGGGUUGUUCUUUGACCCCAAAUUUAAACUCAUUCGUCACCGUGGAGCACUGGAGCACUGCCAAAGCAUGAGGUCCUAACUCGCCUAAUAUAUAAGGACCUUUUGUAAUGAUUCUAACUGGACUUGUGUGAGUGUAUGUUGGUGAUGUACAGCACCCAAGUUGACCGACGCAUGUUCACUGUGGAGCUUAUGUUUGCGUGCGUUCGUUCGUUGAAGAGGGCCCAAAAGUGGCACACGCGAUCCUGCAUGACGAAGGUACGGUGUGAUAGUAUUGGUAUUCAAACACACUAAAGCAAGCCCGUGUGUCCUGGGCCCGAAGCCUGAAAAGCCUGAAGCGUCCUCUAAUACAUAGGGUGAAAUAAACGGGCUAUAUUCUAGUGACCACAGGUCCCCGCUGGGUCAGUUUGGUUUGAGCGCUCGAAAGGAUUUGUUGGUUUACUCCGGUGAUACUUUUUGGGGUGAAAAAACAUUUUCACCCUCCAUUAGGAAGAGAAAAGCAUUGAAGCGAUAGUGAAAAAAGUCACUGAUUUUUAAAGCAAAUCUCACUGGAAUUAUAGUGCAAAACGUUUUAGUGGCUUUUUAAGUGAACGUGAACGAAAGUUGUUCAAAAAUUGUUCAGCAAAAGUGGUAAAAAGUUACUUUAAUACAAAAUGAAGUCCAAGGUAAUGGAUAACCUACGCGAGCGGAUGAAUUCCUGCGGGACAACCACCAUAAAAUAUUUGCUCUUUGUGUUUAAUCUCAUCUUUGCGAUUUCAGGUCUGAUCCUGCUGGUCGCAGGCAUUGUUGUGCUGGUAGAUGUCAACGAUUAUCAGCACUUUGUGCAGGACCGCUUGAUGGCCCCGCCAGUCGUGCUGAUCGUUGUUGGGUCGUUUGUGUUUUUGGUAGCAUCGCUCGGUUGCUACGGAGCUAUUAAGGAGUCACCGAAGUUGCUGAACGCGUUCGCCGUGUUCCUGCUGAUAGUCUUCCUGAUUGAGGUCGCCGUAGCAAUAGCGGCGAUUGCCUUCAAGGCAGAUUUACAGGACGCAUUGAGAAAGCAACUGGACAAGUCGAUCGCCCGGCAUAACAACGCUGACAUGGUGGCUUGGGACAGCGUGCACCGAAAGAUGAUGUGCUGCGGUAUUCAAGGGCCGAAGGAUUGGUACGAUAACUUAAACAAAACGAUGCCUGCUUCCUGCUGCAAGCCAGAUCUGAUCGAACCGGAAACUAAUGAUUGCAAAAAUGCUCCACCAUUGUUCAUGGAUCGUUACUAUCAGGAGGGAUGCUUGAUGAAGCUAGAGGAUCAUUUCCACAAAAAUGCUGUCGUUCUGAUUGCUGUUGGAUUUGCAAUCGCCAUAUUUCAACUGUUGGGAGUAUUUUUCGCUUGCUGGUUGUCAUCAUCCAUCAAAAGAAGUCACGCAUAAAUGUGCGAUUAGCGGCCUAUUGUAUGGGGUAAAAUUUUUAAAAAUUUAAAAGUGGAGAAAUUUUAAAUUAAGAAAUGAAUGUAAAAAUGAGUCCUUUGAUCUUAAACCCACACACUACACUAGACACUAAUAUUUGCACAUCCUUUGAAUAAAUGACAACUAAAGCAGGAUCCUUUACAACUCGAAGCAAUUAUGAACAGUUACCAAUAGUAUACAAAUAUAAACAAAAAACUGUUACGAUCGUUUCUUUUAGUUUAAGAUACGCUAGUUGAUUCUAUGCUAUUUAAACCUUAUAGGCUUAUAGAAAAAUAUGUCGCUUAUCACUGCUUAGAUGAUGACUUCAGAAGGCGUGUUUGGCGAUAGUGGAGUAACAUUUCCCAUUCUGAAACAGGCCCCCAUGUGAUGGUUUGAAGAUGUUUUCCAUGUAAGCAAUAUAAAAGACAACCAUUGUGCAAAUUAUGAAGCAAACAGUAGAUAAUAAAGAUUUGUUCAAACUAAUACUAGUCUGUACUGGUAUAUUUACUGUUGAAUGUUG